AAAAGCAAAGAGGUUUCUUGGCGCUGUGUACGCCGCCGAUUGCGACUUUAGGAAAGAUUCAUCUUCUGACCAAAGGGUAGGCUGUGCGCGAACAAAGUAGCAUGAGUGAAAACUUCGAAGGCAAGGUGGCACUGGUCACGGGUGGUGCCAUGGGACUCGGAAAAGCGAUCACAAAGCUCUUGCUCAGCGAAGGAUGCCGCGUUGCUGUUGCUGAUAUGAACCAGCUGGCGGGGGAAAAGACCCAGCAAGAGUUUCAAGCCAUUUAUGGUGCGGACAGAAUCAAGUUUAUCAUCUGUGACGUCACCGACGACGAAGCCUUUGAAGACUGCUUCAGAGAGGUGAAGAAGACAUUUGGCCGCCUGGACAUCACUGUGAACAACGCUGGGUUUGCGGUCGAGUCGCGUUGGAGAAAGAUCUUCGAAAUCAACACGAUGGCCGUUUACUUUGGUACUCUGCUCGCGUUAAAGUACAUGGGAAAAGAUCAUGGAGGUGACGGCGGAUUCGUUAUUAACAUCGCGUCAAUCGCAGGAUUGGUGGUGUGUCCAGUGAUCCCGGCCUACAACGCUUCCAAGUAUGGCGUCAUCGGACUAACUCGGGCGUUUGGAACGGACUUCUACUAUUCACGCACGGGCGUCAGGGUGAGCUGCCUCUGUCCCGAGCCGAUAGAGACGGACCUCUGGCGGGGCAUCUCCAACUUCUGCCAGGAGAUCAAGGUCAACUCGCCCUACAUCACCGAGAACUACGGCAAGCAGAUCCAAAAAGCCGAGAACGUGGCCAAGGGAGUGACGAAGCUGAUUCGCGACGAACGCAAUGGUGCCGCCCUCCUCUCGUUGUACGACGAAGGCCUCGUGUAUCACGAGUUCACGACUGUGCGAUGAGCUAUGACGCGCGAUCAUCGUUGAAGUUGCGAAUCCUCGCUCUGUACAUAUAUUUACUGCGUAAAUUUAACCGAUCCUUUCUUCGCCGUAAAGUGUUGGCAACAUUUUUUUGUACCGUUACAUGCUGAUGUAUAAAAAAAUUGCUUCAGUGGUG